CGUCAGUCGUGCCCCACUUCUCUCCUCUCCUCCAAAGCAACGAGCACGGAAAGAGGGAAAGGUGUGGAGUUUGGAAGAUCGAAAGGUUAGGGUUUAGGGUGGAAGAGAAAGGAGAUAUCGAGAGCGAGCGAGUGGGGAGAAAUUAGGGUUUCCUCCACUGCUGGAUGCUUUGUGCCGGAGAUGUGCGUCGUUUCCAUGCGGAAAUCCUUCAAAGACUCCCUCAAAGUCCUCGAAGCUGACAUCCAGCACGCCAAUACACUGGCUUCAGAAUUCCAAAGGGAAUAUGACGGUGCCUGUAUCCAAAUGCGAGUGUCAUAUAGUCCAGCUGCACACUUAUUUCUUUUCCUAGUGCAGUGGACAGAUUGUAGCCUUGCAGGGGCUCUUGGUUUGCUGAGAAUUCUAAUAUAUAAGGUUUAUGUAGAUGGAACAACAACCAUGUCAACCCAUGAAAGGAAAGCAAGUAUCAGGGAAUUCUAUGCUGUGAUUUUUCCCUCUUUGAUGCAACUGCACAAAGGCAUCACUGAGAUGGAAGUUAAAAAACAAAAGGCUAUCUGUAUGGAGAGGUACAGGAGAAGAGAUGAAGAUGAAAGGAGGCAAUUCUCAGAGAUAGAUAUUGAAAGAGAGGAAGAAUGUGGGAUAUGCAUGGAGACAAACAGCAAGGUUGUGUUGCCCAACUGCAGCCAUGCUAUGUGCAUGAAAUGCUACCGUGAAUGGCGUUCAAGAUCGCAGUCAUGCCCCUUCUGCCGUGAUAGUCUCAAGAGAGUAAACUCAGGUGAUUUAUGGGUAUUUACUGAUAGCAAAGAUAUUGUUGACAUGGCAACAGUGUCAAGAGAGAAUCUGAGGCGCCUAUUCAUGUACGUAGAUAAGUUGCCUCUGGUUAUCCCAGAUUCUGUUUUCGAUGCCUAUGAUUCCCAUGUGAAGUGACAUAUCUGGCAAUCUUACGACUCGCUGUUAUAAACCCUGCAAUUCUUUCAGCUAGUGCUUGUUAGCUGAUUGAUUUAUCCACAGGAUAACGUUAAUUCCUGCUUCAAAGCUGCUGCUACUUUUUAAGCAGCUUUUGAGGGAAGAAGGAUCUGUAAAUUGUGUUCAGGCUGAUGUAAAUAUCUGUACAGUUUGUAAGUUUCCUCUGUUUAUGACCCAACCUUAUCAUGCUAAACAGAUAGAUUAGCAUAUAAAAUUGAGUCAUGGAUUCAUGUAUUAUAGGUGCCCUGAAUUGGAAUUUUAUCUUUAUACUAUCUGCUUA